CCGGGGAGGCAGCCAGCCUAGCAGCCCAAAUAAAUCGAAGCAGGCAGGCAGCUCAGUACGCGAGCGAGCGCUGCGCAGAGCACUCGGUGCUGGUCGCGCUGGACGGAACGGGACGGACUGUGAGAGUGCGUAUGAGUGAGGCUGCGGAGAGUGCGCCAGCAAGGACAAGGAGGCCAGCUCCGAGGACACAGGACCACGCCGAGGUGCGGACGCCCCGGGCGCUCGGGGCCUGCGCGCAGCCGGCGCUGCCCUGCAUGGUCAGAAGAUGCCUCUGGAUGCCCGCGGCCCGGCCGGCAGCAGCGAGAGCAGCGGGGUGCGAUCGCAACGCCGGAGCUGAGCGAAUGUUUCAAGGGGCUUGAGCUGCCUGAUGAAAAGAACAAGGAGGGCCGCUCCUGACAUGUGGGACGCAAGACCAAAAUGAUCCCUACUCAUCCCUAUCACUGCUUCCCGCCAAGCCCCAGUCCUGCCAACAUGGUGAAGACUUUCCAGGCGUACCUACCUCACUGCCACCGCACGUACUCGUGCAUCCACUGCCGCGCGCACCUGGCCAACCACGACGAGCUCAUCUCCAAGUCGUUCCAGGGCAGCCAGGGGCGCGCAUACCUAUUUAACUCUGUAGUGAACGUGGGGUGUGGCCCAGCCGAGGAGCGAGUGCUCCUCACCGGGCUGCACGCCGUCGCCGACAUCUACUGCGAGUGCUGCAAGACGACGCUCGGCUGGAAAUAUGAGCUGGCGUUCGAGUCGAGCCAGAAGUACAAGGAGGGCAAGUACAUCAUCGAGCUGGCGCACAUGAUAAAGGAGAAUGGCUGGGAAUGAGACUUGUGCCGGCCCCGCGGACCACAGCGAGGGCCGGACCCACCAGCCGAGCCGCAGCCCGCGGCGCGCCAGCCCGACAAGCCCAGCCCGAGGCCGUCCACGCUUGCGUCCACGUCGGCCGGCGCCUCCAACAGCGCGGCUGCCUCCGCCUCCACCGCGGCCGCAGCGCGCCCCGCCAGCUCCCCCCGCGUCGCUGGCGGCAGCACCGCCAGCAGCAGCAGUAGCAGCAGCAACAGCCCCUCCAGCAGCUCGUCCUCCCCAGGCGGCUACUCCUCCAGCAGCCCCUCCUCCAGCGGCUCGUCCAGCUACAGCCCGAGGUACCUCGGGGGUCCUGGACCUGGUCCUGGACCUGGACCGUCCACUUCGAGAGCCUCCGGAUCCUCGCCGACGCCCGCGGCCAGGAGGGCUCCUCCUCCCGACCCCGCUGGCCCGAGUGGAUCUAGGAUUGUUCACCGUCCCCGUCAUGGAGGCCAUGGUGGACCCCAUGACAGUCAUGGGGCGCAUGGUGGACCCCAUGGCGGUAUGGCUGGCCCUGGGCCCGCAGAGGGCCCCGCAGGGAGCCCCGGCUUUAGCCCCGGCCAGCCCUCUAGGCAGCCUCGCCCUCAGCCCCCACCGGGGCCGGGCGCCGCCCACUCACCCUCUCGCGGCCCAUGGCCACCAAUGGCACACCUCAUGGACCCUCGUUGGUAGCCUAUGAGCCGACCAGUUUUUAUUCCAGUGACAACAUUUUGUGUUCUCUCCUUUUUCCUUUGAAAAGAACUUUUUUGACAUUCGUGGAUGAGGUGUGCUUGAUCAUAAAAUGUCAGUUCUUAGUCUAUGGAGCUUGCCGCCAGGCAAGCUAGACACUUGGUGUGAAUAUUUGAAGGACAUCCUUUUUUUAAAAAAAAUGAGAACUGUGAUGAUGCUAUGAGCGUACACUCACUGCAGUUUACUUGUACAAGUUCCUUUGAUGUGAUGGUGUAACAUGUUUUUGCGGUAUAUAUCAAUAUGGCAUGACCCUUGGCGAGAUGUAAUGGUGAAAUAAGAGAUGGUGAGGGUGGAUUGUACUUAGUCUGUGCCAACCGCGGAGUAUGAAAAAUACAAUGACAAUGCUUGUGUCCUAGUUGUAGACACUUGCACCCCAGGUGACUCGUUGCAUUGCAAGCCUUUAGCAACACCACUUUUGUGGCUUUCUAUUCUUAUCACUGCCAUGAGAAGUUUAUUCUAAGUAGUAAGAUGAAUCACUAGUACACAUACAUCCUAUUUUUCUUCUGGCGAGUUACAAAAAGCUACCAUUAACUCCCUUGAAACGAUUAGUUCCAAAAUUUAUUUUUCCUUGUAAAUUUGGUUAGGGAGUAUGUGAUUUCUGCUCUCUUGACUAACACUUUGAUACUGGACAAAUCAAUGACUUACAUAUGUUUUAAGUGUUUUAACACAUUUAGAAAAUGAUUUUCUAAACCGCCCUUGUUCAUGUUUGGCAGUUGAUAUAUCUUGAGACUAUUUCAACAAAUAAUUUUUGCAAAUUUUUCACAUUGUUGUCAGUAUGUUUGGUUCCACCUAAAAAUGCAUACUUUGCAUUGGUGUGUCCCCCACUUUUGUGCCCAGCUUGCUUUUGACUGUUGAUUGCAUUUCAUACUUUUUUUACUACUGUCAUUUGAACUGGCUUGCAGUUAAUGGGUCACACUAUUGGAAAAUAUUUGUUAUCUGUUCUGCUUUUAAAGGUAACAUUUUUACUAUGUAUUUCUCAACAUUUGUGUAGAAGUGUAGCUAAGAACCUAUCUUCAUAGAAUGAAAGUCCUUAUCUUUUUAUUCAUUAAUUAUGAUAAACUCUUUUUUCAAUUAAUUUUUCAAAUUAGAUUUGCUUUUGUCUGAGCCAAUGCCAUUAAUGUCCUGAAAAAAUAAAAACCUAACAUUUACUCUGUAUGAAUCAGGUGUGAAUUUAGCGAAUCAAGUUUUGAAUCCAGGGCAAAAGUGUGAAAUACCAAUUAAAUAUGAUUCUCCAUGUCUAAGUAUUACAGAAAGAAAAAUAUAAAAAUUAAAUACUUAAUAGGUUUACUGAUAAGCUUGAUGCCUUAGAAUUGUAGAUGUAUUAGGCAGACAAGGUUAAACAGCCAUUUUAUUUUUUAUACUGUGACGCUUACGCUAAAUCUGUUAAAUGUUAACAAAAUCAUUUAGGGGAAACUGACAGGACAGGCGCCCUGUACUUAGAGCAACAAUGCUUCCCUUGUCAAGCUGCAGCCUUGUGAGGCAAAGGACCCUUCUGUCAUUUCCAUUGACAGUGGUCUCUGUAACCCAUUCUAGUCUUUCAGUCUGUGCAUUCACGUUUCCCUUCUAUGUAAAUACUUCGUAGAUAGUAUUUUUGUACCAAAAUAUUUGUAUAUUUUUAGUUAAUUAAUUAAAGUAAAUGUAAAGCAGCAAACCUUUUUUCUGAAAAAUGGAGUAUGUGCCUAAUCUUGAAUAUUUAUGCGAUAAUAUAAAACCGAAGAACCAAACAAAUUCAAAGAGGAAUUUCAGUCACAUGCUGGUUUGUAUGAUCUCAGCAUUAAUUUCUGUUUUGUUGAAUAAAUAAAUAGGGAUCAGUUUGGACAUUUCAAAUUGACAUUAAUGUGCUUAUAUUUUCUGUGUUACAAUAUGAUGAUUUUUAGUUUACUUUGGCUGCUGUAGAAUGUUCUUUUAAUAAGCAAGUUGCUUGAUUAAAAAUUGUAUCAUAUCAAUGUUUUAAGAUUCUUCUUGCCGUAGAUGCCUUAGUAUUUGUGCUGUUCGUAGCUGUCAAAUUCUAUUCUAGACCGUAUUGGAGCUGAGGUUUACUCUUGAACCUUUUAGAAAUGCUUUUGCUAAGCAUACCACUUAUCUAAAUUAAAGUGCUAUACAUGGAUUCAUAUUUCAAUCUGUUCAGUUUGUGUGAUUGGUUCAUGUGAUUGGUUAUAGUGUGAUUGUGAUCUAAAGAUGGUGCCUGAUUGUUGGAACAAAAAUUAUUUUAGUGUUUGUAUAUAUAUGGAGACAGAUUUAUUAGAAACAAACCAUGUAGGAAUCAGAAAGAAAGCAGAGUUGAGAAAGUGGACCAAAAGCCUUUUUUAAUCCUACCCAAGGGUAACAAUGGCUGAAGAACUCAAGUUGAUGUCAGCUCGAGGUCUGAAUAUCGACAUGAACACAUGAUGACAAAUUCUGGUCCCAGUUAUCAAUAUUUUUAAUGUAUGACUAAGUUACUAAUUUUAAGAUGUUAACCCAUGACUGUAUAUAAUGCAGCAUUGCUGUGAAUUUUAUAUGUGAUAACUUGGGAUAUGUAGAGGAUUUUUUUUUUCAUUGAAUGUGAUUUGGCCUGUUUCUCUACAAGUUCCCAAAAAAUUCUUAUUUUGUUUAUUGAUAGAAGUGUGAGUGUGCGAGUUUGUGAUAGAAUGUUUGCACACCAGCUUUGAGAUCCUAAAUUGCAUGUAUGUAUGCUGUGUCAGUUUUAUUCUUGUUGUGUACAUGUGAUUUGUGAGAUUGAGGGAGAGUGAGACUGUGUUCUAUAGAAUGUGUAAUUCCCCUCUUACACUAAAAAAUUUGGAGGUACCACAAUGUACUGUACAUUACUCUCAUGAUUUCUUAUAAUAUAUGCAGAUGGCUGUUGCUCAA